CAAGAAACUGUGCUUCGAAAAGAUAGGUGGACUCCCAUGCUUGGAACAACCAGGGAGACGAAAACACUACAAAGAGAGGUCGGGGGUUCAUGAGGGCCUGGCUCACAGAAUUGUAAGUGUGGCAUGCUGGCAAAACUGAACAACUGAUCAUCAGAUACGGGUCAUGGUAUAAGCAUGGCUUCUCAGAAUGCUCAGAGUUUCCUCCAGCCACUCUCCUCCUGGAUGUCACGGAUGUACGAAGCUGUCCAGCAGGUGGGAGACUCCUUAUCUGCUUCAUUGGUCAACUUGAGCAGAGUGGACCACAAGUCAGAGGAAGAUGGAAACCAGGACUUAGAAGACAGUGACGGCAGUUACAAGGACUACUCUGAAGAUUCAGAAGAUGAAGGAAGCUUUAGCCAGAACACGAAAGAUGCUGAACACAUGCAUCCUGAAGACGGUGACUUUCCAUCAACAAGUCAUGAUCUUGAUUCCCAGGCACCUGCCCGGGGCUCCGACAUGUGUCUGCAAUGGCAGAAAAGAGUGAGAAGUGGCACCAGCUCCUUAGAGCAACGUCCAGACAACACCAGCUCUCUGUCAUCCCAGGGGUUUUACCAAGAAUAUGACGACCACCAGCUGCUAGGUAUGCUUCCUGCCAUACCCGAGGAGGAAGGCUACCUCAACAGGCAGAUAAGGGACCUUCAGCGUGACCUUGAUAUGACUGGCUCAUUAGAAAAUAUUAAUGGAAAGGCAUGUGUGGAAGUGAACAGUUAUGGGGAGGAUGAAGAGCUAACCACAUCUUCAGAUAGCGACGACGAGGUGAUUAAACAGUUUGCGAUCUCUGUGUCACGCUCGCAGAGUUUUCGAUCGGGGGUGUCUGAAAAGGCAACACAAGCGGGUUCAGAACGUAAACCUAAAUUCAACCGCUUGCUGUCCAGCCAUGAGGAGUACAGUACCGAGGCAUCUGAAUGCGAAGAACUGGAUGGGCUAAGCCAACUGAGUUUCCAAGACAACCUAUCCUAUCAUGAAGAUGACCACAUAUCUGUUGAUUCAAGAACUACCUCUGAGAGUAGGGGUACCAUGCAAGCCAAAGGCCCUGGAAUGGAGGCUAGCAUUGCCCAUAGCCUUAGCCAACAAACCACAGAAGGGAGCUUGCAAAUGGAGACGGCGUUCAGCAACCAGGGAUUUGAAGGAAAUGACGCAACUGACAGCUCAUCAGCUUGGAGCCCUGAGGAACAUGAUGGAGGGAAUAGUCUUCCAGCUCAUCACAGUGCCCAUGAACCCAUUUCUAAAUGUGGUGACCUAGACGUCAUCUUCGAUUAUAAGGCCUCAAGCCAAAAGCUGCUGGUAACUAUCCUGGAAGCUAAGGAUAUCCCAGACAAAGACCGCAGUGGUGUGAACACCUGGCAAGUUCACACAGUCCUGAUGCCCAGCAAGAAACAGCGGGGAAAGACGAGCAUUCAGAAAGGACCCAUCCCAGUGUUCAAAGACAAAAUGACCUUUAAUAAGCUGGAGCCAGAGAAGCUGAAUAGCUACGCACUCAGGUUCCGUCUCUAUGCAGUGCGCAAAAUGAUCCGGGAACAGAUGAUGGGGGAGCAACUGUUUUAUCUGAGGAGCCUAAACCAGGAGAGGGAAGUGAAGGUGACACUGGUUUUGGAGCCACGGAGCGAUAUGAGCAGCGGAGACUCUCAGAUCAGUCUGUCGGCAACCUCUCACAGCGAUAGCGCUUCUUCAACACAGUCCCUGUCGCACGGAGGCAUACCAGAGCUGCUGGUGGGACUGUCGUACAAUGCUACUACCGGACGGUUGUCAGUAGAGAUGAUCAAAGGCAGCCAUUUCCGCAACCUUGCUAUUAACAGGCCGCCCGACACCUACGGAAAGCUCUGCCUUCUCAACUCCAUGGGCCAGGAGAUGUCUCGUUGCAAGACAUCCAUCCGUCGAGGCCAACCAAACCCCAUCUACAAGGAGACGUUCGUCUUCCAAGUUGCCCUGUUCCAGCUUUCUGACGUCACGCUGAUGAUCUCCAUAUACAACCGGCGCAGCAUGAAGCGCAAGGAGAUGAUUGGCUGGAUUUCUAUGGGUCAGAACAGCAGCGGAGAAGAAGAGCAAAAUCACUGGCAAGAAAUGAAAGAAACAAAAGGGCAGCAGGUCUGCAGGUGGCAUACCUUACUGGAAUCCUAAUGGUCCCUGAGCUCCUGGGACUGCCCACUGGAUCCUCCCAUAAUCACCCCGCUGAAAGCAGCCAUCCCAUAGCAAACAUUAUAAACCAUCCGGGUCUAUUUUAACUGAAUUUUUAAAACUCAGCACACUCAGUGAAUGUAGGUGCUGGGGCCCAGUGAGAAAAUUUACCUGUUGCCUUUGAGGGUUUUCAUACAUUUUCUCACCCAAACGAUAACCAGAAGGGAAGUGGUUAUGAAAAACACAAAGCUACUUUUACCCUCUUGCUGUCAAUGCCUCACUGAUCUAAAUUAUUUUUGUUGCUAUUUUCUUCUGGUGUAAUGUCUUUCUCCCACCUCCAUUCCUAUUAUUGAUGUAUGCAAAUGUUCUUGAUACACAGAUGACGUCAUUAGUCUAGCACUGCAUGCCACUCGUUCUUCCUUUUACUACAGUGUUUCUAAAUCCAAGAGAGAAACAUUUGAUACCACUUAAGACUGAUUAAUAUAUUUUCAGGUAGCAUGGGAAAGCACUAAAGAUUUCUCUGUAAACUUUUAAGUGCCUAGAGAUUGCCAUUACUUUCUUGUAUUAUUUAUUAGUAUUUGAAGUAAGCAUGUUUUAUUUCUUGUGCAACCUAUAUCACCAGAUGUUUGUAUGAGGUGAUGGGUGUCAAUUUAACAUAGUAGUUAUGUAAUGCAUGUUUAGAUGCUUCCCUGUUUUCUUAGCUUGUGGCUUCUAUUGUUGUGAAAACAAAACAACAAAAAGAGAGAGAGACCAAAACAAGCUGCACAUCUGCCUUGGUGCCUAAACCACGAUUAUUCUAGAUCAUUGUUCACUCUUCUUAUUUUUUUCUUAAUGUGAGGUUCACUUGAAAGAAUGAUUCUGUGCAUAGUGGGGUUUCAUAUUUAUUAUCUUUCAAUGACUGAGUCAAAUCUGCUCCAAGUAAAAAGUGCUUUUUCAAGAUUCCCGUAAAAUAUUCCAGAGAUCUGAAAGUCAAGGUGAAUUUUUUCCUUCUCUGACAUCACUAGGAGGGUUCUGCAGGCCCCAUGGUGCUAUCACUUCCCCUUGUGCGAACCCAUCUCAAGCAGUGUUUGCACAAGAAGGAAUAGAAUCCCACUUGGUCUCUCAGAGGUGUUGGCCCUGGAGGGCUAACAGAAGAGAAAAGUAUGACAGUUCACGCCUGUAUCUGCAUACCCACAAAGGGCAGAUCUGCUUACUAAGGUGAGGUGAUUUUUAGGUAGUCACGCUUCAGAGCGCAGCGGCACUUUCAGUUUUAAUAGUCAUCUUUUUCCUGCCUCCAAAGUGAGUUAAACCCAGUGGAGGCAGUAGAUAGAGGAAGAAGGCUAAUUUUCUUUCUUGAUUAUCAAGAGAUCCAGUGCUAGCUGUUGCCGAGUAAUAGGAGCCAUGACCCUAGUGCACAGAGCCAUACGAUUGUACAGGUCCUACCAGAUGACGAUAGGUGCCAGAUCCCUAAACAAUUUCAAAUAACACCUAUUGCCAAGGCUCUAACUUAAACCCUUCAGUUGGUGUCUCUCCAUUCCUACUGACUAUAGUGAAGCACAAAAAUACUCAGCUGCAAAAGGCUUUCAAAUUUGAUUCACAGUUUCUCUUUUUCUUUGUUUCCCCCACUUACAGAGAAUUAGGGCCAAAUUCUGCUCUGUGGCACCCUAUGAGUCUCACUGACUUCACUAAAAGAACAGGACGACUUGGGGCACCUUAGAGACUGACCAAUUUAUUUGAGCAUGAGCUUUUGUGAGCUACAGCUCACUUCAUCGGAU